AGUCUUCACUCGACUACGGUCCGACUAGAGUACACACGCGUCAGAUACGUUUUUAUUACCGUAAUUCUUCAUAAAGUUCGGGAAAAAAGGGAAUUGAAAAAGAGAAAUCCCAUUGAGCGAGAGCGUGGACCGGACGAGGGCGGGGAAAAAAACGGUAAACGGAACCACGACGCGUCUGAGCGCAUUUUAGUGCGGAGCAACGCCCUUCCUUCUAAGCUUGACGUUGCGAGAGGCGACGUUGGCUGAUGUGUUGCGCGGUUAUCCAUUGGCGAAACCGGACCGGGCAAGACGCAGCGUGCGAAAGAGGCUUAUCUUUCGGACUGCGGCGUGCGCAGGCGCCGAUCGACGACGGGUAUCACCACCGCACCGUCCGCACCGCAGCCGGACGCGCACGGCCGCGCACGGCGGUUGAACAGUGGGUGGUGUGAGCAGCGAGUGGUGAGUGGUAGCGACGAGCACAGCGACGCUCGUCCGUCCGUCCCGCCGUGCUAUUGGCUCGUAGGGCGCGGAAAUCACCGUUGACGGAAUCUGGCCAUCCGGCGAACGGCGAUCGGCGUGAAUGAUUGGGCCUACGAUGGCGACGACGACGACCACGAGGUUGCGUGCCGUCAACACGUGCGGCGAGGGAGUGCCGUCGAGCGUCGAGAGGAAGACGUCGUCGUCGUCCCUGCGAAACGGCUUAACCUCGCGCGGUCUCGACGACGCCGGCAAGAUUAACGGUUACACGCUGACUAGUAACGGCCACGUACACUGUGCCCUUAGUUCGAGAAAAGCGGAAUUGCGAAAACCACCACGGUCGAGGGAAUCUUUUGAAAAAGUUCCGUUCAUUACAGCGGCGCUUACACACCUCGGCUUCUAUAUUCUCAUGUUCCUGGGAUUUAUCAAUCAAUUAUUGUUUGUUUCGAAGAUUGCCGAAGAAAAAAAUAGAGAAGGAUAUGCUCCACUGUAUGAUAAUUUUGAAAAGUUUUAUCUCAAGUACGUCUACAGGCGAGUCAGAGAUUGUUGGAACAGGCCGAUUUGUUCUGUUCCUGGUGCAACGGUCACAUUAAAAAAUCGGGUAACUCACGAUUACGGAUGGACGUUUCAAUUUACUGGAACUGAAACGCAAUGUAUAAAUUUGGGCUCUUACAAUUAUUUAGGGUUUGCCGAAGCAAGUGGUAAGUGCGCCGACGAGAGCAUCAAAACGCUUAAGAAGUUUGGUUGUGCCAGUUGCAGCACGCGUCUUGAAUUAGGUACCAUGCCGAUACACGAUGAGCUAGAAAAGUUGACUGCAAAAUUUUUGGGAGUGGAGGAUGCCGUAGUAUUCGGAAUGGGAUUCGCUACAAACUCUUUAAACAUACCUUCCUUGGUCAGCAAAGGUUGUCUGGUUCUUAGCGAUGAGAAGAAUCAUGCGUCGCUUAUUCUUGGACUACGACUAUCCGGCGCAGUAACACAGAUCUUUAAGCAUAAUAACGUGAAACAUUUGGAGGAAUGUUUGAAGAAGGCUAUUGUUUCCGGGCAACCGAAGACUGGCAUUCCUUGGAAGAAAAUAGUUAUCGUUGUUGAGGGCGUUUACUCUAUGGAAGGUUCAAUCGUCCAUUUACCUGAGAUAUUAGAGUUAAAAAAGAAAUACAAAGCUUAUCUUUAUGUAGAUGAGGCACACAGCGCAGGAGCCAUGGGAAAACAUGGGAGAGGAGUUUGCGAUUACUAUGGCAUUGACCCGCGCGAGAUAGAUAUACUUAUGGGAACAUUUACGAAAAGCUUUGGCUCAGCUGGUGGAUAUAUAGCCGGAAAGAAAACAUUGAUAAAUCACAUAAGGAUAUAUGGUCACGCGCAUACGUACGCGGCAUCGAUGUCCCCGCCUGUUACGCAACAAAUUAUCACGUCAAUGCGAAUUAUUGCAGGGGAAGAUGGCACCGACGCCGGUGAGAAACGUAUCAAACAAUUAGCCAAGAAUACGAGAUAUUUUAGACGCAGAUUGAAUCAGAUCGGAGUUAUAAUUUAUGGAAACGAGGACUCGCCCGUUGUGCCUAUGCUAGUUUACUUAUUUUCUAAGAUCGGCGCUGUGAUCCGUACUCUGACAACCCGUAAUAUCGCAACUGUUGGCGUUGGAUUCCCGGCAACGCCAUUGAUGGAGGGCAGAAUUAGAUUUUGUCUUUCUGCCGCACACACAAAAGAGCAAUUAGAUUAUGUAUUGUCGCAUAUUGAGGAAAUUGCAGACAUGUUAGGAUUAAGAUAUUCGAAGAAACCUCGCACUCCUACGAAAAUAGAAUAUUCCGACAGCGAAGCGGAAUGACCUACCUCGUAAAGUAAUGAAUCGUUAGAUAAUUUGUUUCUGUAACAGGUGUCAAUAUAACUGAGAGCUUUAAAUAUCGCUAUAGCUCCAAAUAUGGUUCAGCGCAUCGUACAAUACAUCAAAUGAGAAGGCUAUAUUUAUCAUAACUAUAUACUAAACACGUAAAUUUCUCACAAAAACAUACGAGUGAAACGAUUUAUAUAUGAAGUUAAGAAAUAACUGGAGGACGUAUAAUCCAUGCGGGAUUAACUAGAUAAAUGUAGGGAAAGAAGAGGACGGAAUUAAAUUCUCAUUGCUUUAUAGGAAUAAGUAAAACACAAAAUCUCUUGCUAUAGUUUUUUUCUCUAAUGUCGAUUUUAUGCCAAAAGGAAGUGCUAUUUACAAGCAUUUUUACAGAAAUGGUAUGUUCCAUUAUAUUUUACAUACAUUACUGCAGGCCUCAGAAAUACGUUGCACCUUAUUCGAGAGGAUAAUUACGAAAUGGCAUUAGUCAUCUAGGUUUGUUGCUAUUUGCCUUUCGUUCGAAAUAAGAAAUUACACUGCCUCCAGAUAUCUUCUUACUUUUUUAUGAUCCAUACGUAUUAAACGAAUUUGAUUGAUAACAUAAAAUAUCAUGAAUAUAAUUGUAAAUAUCGUUUUAUAAUUUUAUUUACCCAUUCUCGCAGUAUUCACGCAUAGUUGAAGAAAUAUUCAAAGAUUAUGUUAAAAUAUAUAGUUUAAAAGUACAUAUUGCAAAUACUAAAGUUGCUGAAGUUUUAUGUCUCUGGAAUUGUCACAUCUCGCUGUAGAAUCAUUCAAGUUAACAUUUGUUUAUUUUAUUUCUUACUAUAUUGGGGAUAAUUGAUAAAGAUUAUAUAUUAAAAAAUCCAAAUGUAACAGAUAGUUCGCUCUAAUGCAUUAUGUACUUCUUGUUUUUAUUCAUGAUUUCAUAUACAUAUAUGUGUAUAUAAAAUCAUGAAUAUAUAUAUAUAUAUAUAAAUUGGCAUAUCAUUGGAAAAUGGAACACAUGUUUUACCUCCAGCCAUUAAACAGAAAUAUUUUUAUACGAAAAGCUGUUCUCGUGCACAUUCCUUAAUGUAAGUGUUAAGAUCGAAUUUAAAGUCAGGUUGUAGCAAUCGUGCAAGUUUCAAAAAUUAACUUUUUGUAGAUGAACGUAGACAUACUAACAAUUGAUAAGUAAUAUUCUCCUCUCAAUGGAAUCGACGAAGAAUUUAAAUUAAUAUAACAUUGUCAUGUUGAAUCGGGUGUAAAUGACACAAUAAACUCUGAGAAUCGAUCAUUAAAAAAAAAUGUAGACUUCAACUUGCGUUAACACAUCAGUUUCUCAAUCUUACUUCAAUAAAAAUCACACACAACACGCGCGCGCGCAAUACAUAUCAUGACUUCUAUUUCUAAGUAAAUGCCUAACGUUUAUCUAUGACCAUAGACGUAAUACAUCUAGACCGAGCGUUUACCUUUAUUUAAGCAGUGGGGGUAGAGCAGGGUAGAGGUUCACGUAGAAAAGAACAAACUCUGUUUUGUACUAUUUCGUCCUCUCUCGUUCACAUGCGAAUUUCCUACGUGAACCUUCACCCCCAUUGCUCAAUGCUCGGUCUAGAUAUAUUAUGUCUACGUCUUUGACACAGCUUCUUGAAUUUUUUAUAUUUAACAUGUUUUUUCAUAUAAGAUAAAUUAAGUAUUUGCUUUGAUGUACUGACUUUAAAAAAACAAGAGGCAAUAUAUAAUAUAAUAAUGACAAAGACAA